AGAAGAAGAAAGGCGCCUUCUUCUUGCGCAUGCGCAACACAUUCUUUCGCUGCAGAUUUUCCAUUCCCCAAAAAAUUUCUUCUACUGUGUGAGUGUAACUUUAUGGCCAGAUACAUGAGGCCUCCAAACACGUCUUUGUUUGUCCGAAACAUCUCCGAUGAGUCAAGGCCUGAGGAUUUGCGGCGUGAGUUUGGCCGCUAUGGGCCGAUAGUAGAUGUCUACAUCCCACUUGACUUCUAUACACGUCAAUCAAGAGGAUUUGCAUACAUUCAAUUCGAGGAUGUGCGAGAUGCAGAGGAUGCUCUUCACAGCCUGGACAGGAAGUGGGUCUGUGGCCGGCAGAUUGAGAUCCAGUUCGCCCAGGGAGACCGGAAGACUCCGAAUCAGAUGAAGACGAAGGAGCGGCGUUCCCCGGGCAGAUCCUCUCGAUACGACGACUACGAUCGAGACGGCAGGCGCAGACGCUCACGCAGCCGCAGCUACGAGCGAUACAGAUCACGCAGCCCGUCUUGUGAUCGCCACCGCAGAAGAUCUGAGAGUCCACGGGAGUCUCGAGGACGCCCGUAUAGAAGAGGAGGAAGAAGCAGGAGCCGUGAGGAUGACCGGUACAGACAGAGGCCCCGCAGAGAGUCCAGAGGCAGAUCUCGCUCUCGCUCCAAGUCUGCCUCACCACGAGAAAACGUCAACCCGCCGUCGACCUCCCAUUACCCCGAAGAAGAAGUGCAUCAGACUCACACCCAGUCCCGCUCCAGAUCCCGCUCGGCAUCAAGAUCCCGCUCCCGUUCGCGCUCCAGGUCACGUUCCUGGGCUGGACGCAAAUCAGGAGGUCGCUAAAAUAAGAGUGUCUUCCCUAGUUCUAACUGUUGAUAUGUCUGCUGGACCCCGAGAUGGUCUCUCCUUUUUUUUUGUUUUGACAUGAAUGUAACGUCCACUGAACCAUCUGGAGAAAGCUUGUUUUCUUCUGCAGCUCCAUUUUAAGAAUAAAGAUGGUCCUUUGCUUGGUUUUAUAAAGGUGUUUUGGUGAGAUUUCCCUGGUAGGAAUAAGAAACAGUCCAUUUCUGUGUUUGGUGGUAGAUCACCAGGAGGUAGUCCUUUUUUUAAUUAAGAUUACUGAUGUUUUCUUUGUUUUUUCAAACCCUAUGCACCCUUUUUUUCCAGGAAAGUAGGAAAAACAUUCAGUAUUUUAAAAGAACUCAAGCCUGUUGAUGAACCAAACCAGCAUUACUGUGCAUUGUAUCCCUUUUACAACCUAUCACAUACUCUUACUAAAGUGCUUUUCUCCUAAGCAGCAGUUAUGUCUGGAUUUUCUUACCUUCCUCCACACGCAGGGUUUUCAUUCAUUUUAAAACAUGAAGAGUCAUUUUUAAAACCUUUGAAACAUUCUUGAAAUAGUCUGUCAGAUAAUCGCCGCACUGUCAGAGCUGCAGGCUGAAAUCUGAUCUGCUUUACCUCAAACGAUAUUUUUUCUUAGAAAUAAGUAAAGCAGACUUAGAGUUCAAGUUUCCAGAAACAAGAAAACAAAGUCAGAGAACCUGUGUUUGGAAGAUUACCAGUAGAAGUAUAAAGUAUGUGAGUAUGGAGGGGGGUAGAAUUCACAGAAAUGCAGUUGUGCUCCUUAAAAGUGUUCAGUGUUUGUCCACCAGUGACUUUAACCACAAACUGUAUAAUAAUGUUUGUUUUCUUUUCGUGGUGUUUCCUGUACGAUCCGACCUUUUAAAAAAACAAAAAAGGUAUUUUAUUUUUGGAAUAAGUCCCAAAUUUCUGUUCAGAGAGGCAGAAAAGUUUCUUAUCGGUGUUUACGACGGUAUUUGAUGGUUUCCCGACAUGAAUCUUGUCACUGCAUGUUUUAUUCUCUUUGAUCUUUAGUAGGCAGAAGCUGUUAUUUUGAGUAAUAAAUGGUUAACAUUCAGUAAGAGGAAA